UUAUUAUAUUGGCUUCUCGUACUUAUUACGGUCCUACAUUUCCCUUUUCCAACAAAAAAAAGAAAAACAAAAAACAAAAAACAAAUGUUUUUGUAGUUAUAGCACACUCUUCUCUAAUGGCCCAACACGUCUCGUCUCUGAUCUUAGCAUCAGAGCAUCCAGCAUUACCAUUGAUAACGAUGAACUCAAAAGGGAUAGAAGAAAAAGCAAGAGGUUUGGAAAUUGAAUCUAGACUCAAAUUAAACAAGCUUACUGAUGCUGUGAUGACAAAAUUUGAGAGCUCAUACCCCUCCCACACCCUCAGACCCGAUCUCAGGAACCAAAUUGAAGAAUGCAUUUGCAAGAAACUCCCUGAUUUGCACACCCCUGAUCACCCCACUUAUGCCCUGAUGAUACGCAGAGCGAUUGAAGAAUUGAAUGAUAGAAAGGGCUCAACCAUGGAAGCAAUAUCUAAGUUUAUUUUGGAAGGGGUUGAGGAUUUGCCAUGGGCUCAUGCAAGUUUUUUAAGUCAUCAUCUGAGCAAGCUUAGUGAGAGUGGAGAGAUCAUUAAAGUUUCUGAAAAUUGUUAUAGGCUUCCCAGUGAAAAAAGUAAUUCUCUUCCUAAAAGAGGUCUGAAGAAGAAACGGAAGAAGAGGCAUUACCAUGGCAGUGAAGGAGAUAGAGAGCAUAAUGUUGAAGAAGGAUAUCUAUUUGAGAAGAAGCAGAUGCUUAAAGAGGACAAGCAAUCCCAAAAUCUGGAGAUUGAAGUGAAUGGUGAACUCAGUGGAGGACAGAGGCAUCGAGUUGAAGACAUCGAGGGCCAAAAUCGAUCACAGGAAUUACAGAUUGAACAAAUUGGCAAACAAAGGCAAGAAAAACAGAAAAUUAAUGUUACUGAUCGACAACAAAGUCCAGAAGAACAACGAUUUCAAGUGAAUGAUGAAAAAAAUCUAGCACAAGGGGUACGUGAUCAAAAAUCUGAAGAUGAAAAAGAUGAACAACGAUCAAUUGAGGAAAUUGAGGAACAGAUUCAUCACGAUGGACGACAAAUUGUAAUGACUGAAAAUCAGGAUAGAGCACAAAGGCAUCAAAUUGAAGAAAUUGAGGAUCGAGAUGAAUUAGAAGAGCGACAAUUUCAGGUUAUUGAAGAGAAGCAAGCAGAUGAACAACAUGAUGUGUUUGAUGAACAAAUAAAACAAGUGCAACAGCUUGAAGUUGUAGAAAACCACAAUGAAGCAAAGCAAAACAAAGUUGAAUCGAUUGAAGAACAAAAUCAAGAACAGAAAGGUGAUAUGAUUGUGGAAAAAUAUCCAUCUCAAGUGCAGAAAAAUAAACAGCAAGAUGAAGUGCGGUCACAACAAGGUCAAACACAAAGGCAUGAAAUUGAAGUGAUUGUUGAGGAGCAGAUUGGAAUAGUAGAGAAAAAUAAGGUGCCUGGAGAACAAAUUCAAGAACGAGUGGGUGAUGUAAUUCAAGAUCAGUGUCAAGGAAAAGAACAGCAAAGUGAACUGAUUGAAGUGCAAAACUUGCCACGUGAUCAUGUAAUUGAAGAUGUUGGAAAACAAAUUCAAUUGCAAGAAGAAAUUCUAUUAAUUGAAAAGCUGAUUGAACCACAAGAGCAAAAGAGUGAAGUGAUUGAGGAACAAAAUGAGCCACGAACUGAAAUGAGGAGCAACAUGAUUGCCCCUAGUGACAUGCAGUCAUCCAAGGAACCAGAGAAACAUAAAGCUAUUGUGAUGACUGAGGGUUCUCUUACAAGCCUGAGAUUGGACAAUGAUGGUUCUAAACCUCUAUCAAAGGUUAAGUGCAUAGAAUUACUGAAGAGGACAAAGAAAAUCCAGGAAAAGCUGAUGGAUAUUAUUUACUCAAAAAGUGAGAGGGCGGUGUCAAAGGAUGACACUCUAAAACAUGUGAUGGAAGAACAAGAGAAUGAAAUUCUAAAGGAUCCUGAGCAGUGGCAAAUUGAAUUUUCUGAUCCAAAAAGGCCUCCAGGAAUUGAUGAAGAAGCAUCGCUGGAGUUAUUUCUGAAACAUAAAAAGCAACUAAAGCUUUGUGGUCAGCUAGAGGUGCCAACAGCCUGGUCAAAGCCAACUAGAACUUCCACUGAUGUCCUCACAAAUUCAGAACAGCUUGAAAAUGAGCAACAGCCAGAGCUUGGGAAUCCAGGCAGAGGAUUAGAACUUGAUUUAACAACAAUGGAAGCAGAAAGAGAUAGGCAAGAGGAAUCCAUAUCAAAAUCUCUCAACAUGGACUCAAGGCAGCUUGAGAUGGAGAAGCAACUGGACCUUGGAGAGGAACAUGAAUGCCAGAUAUCACAACUGCAAAAUUCAAUCCAAGAAAGGCCUGUGGAGCUUCAACUAACAGUACUCAAGCAAUCAUGUGAAGGGCAACAGCCAAGUCAGAGGCAACAACGGAGGAAAACACGGUCUCAGGCCUCAAAGGCAUUGGAAUCUGAUUGUGUUGAUGCGAAGAAAUCUGAAUGUCAGCUGCCAACACUGGGCCAACAGCGGAGACAACUGCGACCUCGGGGUCAAAGGCCUUCUGUAUCUGAUAGUGGCAAGAUGGAAGCACCUGAGUGCCAGCAUAUGCAGGACCAGAAACCUGGAAAUCGGAUACAAGAAAGACCUAUAGAGCUUGAACCUUCAAAACUUGACCAAUCAGGUCAAACACUGGCACAUGCAUUGGGGCAACUACAGCGAAGGCAACUACGGCCUCAGGGCCAGCAGCUGUCUAAUAGUGGCCAGUCAACAGCACUUAAAAGCCAGCAUAUGCAGGACCAGCAACCUGGAAAUUGGAUACAAGAAAGACCUAUAGAGCUUGAACCUGCAAAACUUGACCAAUCAGGUCAAACACUGGCACAGACAUUGGGGCAACUACAGCGAAGGCAACUACGACCUCGGGGCCAGCAGCUGUCUAAUAGUGGCCAGUCAACAGCACUUAAAAGCCAGCAGAUUGAGAAGAGGCAACUAGAUCCUCAAGGCCAAGGUGUUUUCCAAAAUAAAUUAUCAUCCUCACAGCAUCAGCAUGAGUUACAACAACUACAGCAUAAAGGUCAAGGGAGGGCUCUGAAGUCAAAUCCAGAUGUGGACACAGCUAUGGGGAAAUAUCCCUCAGAUGAUAAGCAUCAUCAUAAGCAGCAGACACCAGAGCACCAAGGGUUGGAGAGGCCUCACGAGAAAAUGAAAAAUGAAGAUCAAACUACCAGUGUAUUGUUUCCCACAGCUCAUCAGAAUGGCCAGAGUAGGCAACUACGUCCUCGAGACCAAGAUGCUUCCCAACUUAAACUGGCUGUAAAUGAUACCAAGGAAAAAUCCCUCUCUAAACAUCAGCAUGAGCAGCAGAAGCCACUCAAGCGUAAAGGUCGAGGGAGGCCUCCAAAGUUAAAGCCAGAUUUGGACAUGGAUAUGGGGGCUCAGCAGCAGCUGAAAAGGCAUAAAGGCCGGGGAAGGCCUCCUAAAUCAAAGGGUGAUGCAGAUCAAAGUACAAUGGUAUUGUUGCCCAUAGAUGAUCAGAAUCAAUAUGAGCACCAGCAAGCAGGGUGUCAAGGCCAAGCGAAGCAUCCUACACCCAAGGCAAAGGAAGAUGCAUUGGUGCAAGUGUCAAUUCCCUUGGAUCAUCAAGAUCAUAAUGAAUUGCAGCAGCAUCAGGAGCACCCACCUAAAAAACGGGGCCGAGGGAGGCGUCCUAAUCCAAAACCAGCUUUAUCUACUACGACCAUGGACGUAUUGUUUCCUUCACAGCAGCAGGAACAACCACAACAUAAAAAACAGGGGAGGCCUCCUAAGAGGAAGUUGGAUGUAGUCAGUGCAAUAGUAGAGCCACAAACAAAGCGUAGCAGCCGGGGAAGGCCUCCAAAAGUGGGCUGAAAGAACCCAAAGACAGUAUAGAUGGUAACAUGAUGUUUUGUAUCUCGUAGCAUUAGGCAUCAUAAUGUGGUAGUUUUAAUAGUAAGGGUAUUUCUUGAUUGGUUUUUUGUCUAUGUAGAAUCAUACUAGAAAGUUUUUUUGUUUCUUUUUUGGUAAAAAUGUAUAGAACAAAUAUCUUUCCAUGCUUUGUUUCUUAUAUAAUAAUUUUAAUAAUAUCGAGCAGUCUAUAUGAUUGUGUUAUGAAGUC